AUGAACCUUACACGGCUACGUCACAGACAAGCAAGCGGACUAAGGGUAAGAGAAAUAGCUUCGACGUACAUACAACACAUUGUCGCCAUGAAGCGCUCUACAAUCUUCAAGAUCCUGCUGCUCGGAGCAAUCGUCGCCGCGGUGAACGCACAGGACGAUGAUGAUGACGGUGACAUAAUCCCGCCGGAGUUCGGGCCGAGGCCAGGCGCAGCGCCCCCCAUCGAACCCGGUCGCGUCCCCGAAACGCACCCGAUCCCGGAGGAGUUUCCGUUCCCCUACGACGAACUCCCCGGAUGGAAA